CCAUUGUUUCACAUAAAUUCUUAUCUUCGAAGUUAUAAACAGUUUUGAUUUCGUACCGCUAGUUUUGGAAAACUGGCACGUUUUAUAAUCGAGCAUAUGAGAAUGUUUAAGGGAGUUAGCGAACAAACAAACUGUACGGUACAUAUAGUGAAGUGGGGCAAUAUGGGACACUUUUAAGGAAGGAAUAUUUUUUUACGGACCCACCUAAAGUUUCAGAAUUAUUCCACAGUAUUACAACGACUUUAUACAACGCGCUUCAAAACCUAUGGUUAUUGUUAAAUGUUAAAAAAUGUUUUAAAUGGAAACAGUACAUUUUAAACAGAUUUUCAAAUACCAAAAUAUGAAUACAAAAGUUGAUAGUGGUAAUGUUACACCCAUUACUAUUACCGACCAAGACAAAAAGAUUAAGUGUUAUCCUUGUACAAAAUCGUGUGCACCAAAUGUUCAAAGAGUAAAGGGUAAAAGGUUCAGAUCUCAUUUUCACUGUCCAAAGUGUGGCAAGCUUGUAACAAGAAAAUACAAUUUUGAACUUCAUGCCAAACGCUGCUAUGGAAAGCUACACAGAAGCAGUGAACUGGGAAAAUCUGGAUCAAGUCUAUUGGAUAUUUUCGAAAAAGAAAAGUCCAAAAAGGAAAACCAAACUUAUCAAUGCUGUUUCACAAGUUGCAAGAAACAGUACCAACAUGCAUCAUCUCUUCAGCGACAUGAAGCAAUAGUGCAUAAUUUGCACAAUAAAUUGGCCGGUUUCUGCAUUAACCAGAAAGAUGGCAUUUUUUUCAUAGCACGUUCCAAUACUGGGUUAAUGGCACCAAUUCACGUACAAAAAUGCAUUGUGAAGAAAUUGAUACAUUGUUGUAAUCAGGAAUGCAUGGAUAUGAUGAGGGUUGCCGCAUUGUCCAAUCCUGCAAUUGAGUGUGAACAUCUUCAAUCUGCUAGUGAUGGAAAUUUGCCUAUUGCUCCCAAGCUUUCACUAGAUCUAGGUUCCCUUGAAGAACUUCUCAAAAUAAAUUUAAUAUCAGCAGAUUCGAAAGCUCGAUGCGAACAUUUACAGGAAAGCAGCCUACUUCAUUCCCAAACAUUGAUUGUACAUGCGGAUUUUGGACUGUUUGGAUAUAGUAAUAGAAACCAAUAUUACUCCGUAUACACCAAAGAAAUCAAAUAUUAUAGUAAACUCCAGCGAGUCAGAGUGACAUUUGACUCUCAGGUUGGUAGUUGGUCUUGCCAAUGUCCUGUUUCUGGUGAAAUGAGAUCGUGUGUUCAUGAAUACGUUGCAAAAUGGUACAUGUUCCAACACCAAAAGAAGUUGUUCUCUGACACCAAAGAUAGAUUGUUGAACAAGUUGCAGCAAAAUGAUGUAUUUAUCAUGGAAUACAUGUUAAAAGAAAAAAGAAUUCCAGCUGUACUUAGCAAAGAUUUGCUGGUUGAGGAUUGUCCUGGACAACCACUGAUUGCAGCAGAGAAAUUAUGUGCUUCAUGCAAGGGCAUAUUAAAAGAACUGGCACCCAAUAAAGCAUCAGUGUAUGGGAUGGGCGUUAAAUGGGGUGUGGAAACAAUCCGCAAACACUGCAUUAAUUGUGGAUUAACUUUCCGGUUUCAAGAUUAUAAAAGUGGGAUCCACAACUUUAACAACCAUGUUCUUUUAACCAUUAAACUUUGUCAUCACUUAAUUCGAGGUUUAAAGAAUCAUGUAGCUGUGGAGAGAAAUUUAAAAACAAUUUUUGAUGAUGAUAUAUCAUUACCGAUUUCAUCAAUUCGGAAUGGGAUUUACCAUUUUAUAGCUUUACAAGACAUAAACUAUGAUUUUACAUGCAUUCGUUGUGGCACAAAACCAGAUAUAGUAGUUGGUGAUGGAAAUUGGGGAAAUGCAUGUCUUCGGCCAGUAAGCAGUUUAAAGAAACCGGUGCUGCCUGUCAGUGCAAAUAUAAAUGUCGAUGAGACUUGGCAGAGGUACCAUUAUGAGAUGAUUGGAAGAGGUUUUUUUGGUUCAACAACAAACCCAUGGAAAGUGGAUGUAACAUAUGGAUCAGUUGCACCGUGGAUGGGAAAAAAAGUUAGAAAAUCAUGUCAACUUCCAAAUACAGAAUUUAAAAAGGGCUCAGCAUUGCAAAAGGCCAAACCAAAUAAAGCACAAUCAAAAAUAGAAGUUAGCCACGAAGAGAUCUUAACUGCACUUCAUUCACCAAAAUCAUCAUCUUCAAAAGAUUUAAAAGAAAUUUGCGAAAAAUUUGGAAUACCUUCAGGAAGCACUGAAGAUAUGGUAAACGAGCUACAGGAGCUAAUAUUGUUCAAAGAAAUAUUUCCUAAAGCUUACAAAAGCAUUAAGAAGUGUGGUGGUGGAAUUGUACAUUUCCGGUGCAUUCAUGGUGUCUGCAUUUACAAAAAAUGCCUGUUACGUCAAGAAUCUGCCAGGGACUAUAUUGAUGCCAUUUUAGCAUUUUCAAAGCAACCAUGUGUUGUUAUCUCAGAUAUUCCAUCCCAGGUGGCAUUGCAUGGUGAAAACAGAAGCCCAGGUUUGUUUUCACCUUACCGUGGAAUGCUUUACCCCUGGAAUAAAGAAAAUUUAGAAAGAGAAAAAGCUGGGACUCUCGAAAUGGUUAAAAUCGAUACAACGAUUGAAACUGCACAUUAUAGUUUAUGUGAUGCAUUUCACAACAAGAGUAAAAAAAAGGGACCAACUAAAUCAUUUAGAGAUAUUCGUAAUACGAACCUGUCUGUGAACACUAGUGUUUGUGAACAAAGAAAUGCGGACAUGGCUCGUGACAGGUAUUCAUUUUGUGGAAUGGAUAUGGUUAAUUUUCUGUUCAUCAGUCGUUUUUGUAUUCAUUUGGAAAAUGAAUCAAUCAACCAAAAAUUCAGAUCAAUUUUAAAAAGAAAAUUUGAUACCUUGGAGUACACGGAUGACGGUAUUGUGGUUCCAACAAAGUCCAGAGGAUUACAAACGAAACCUAAUAUAGUGCCCACACCUGUUCCAGUGGUGUCAUCCCCUGUUCCUGUGGUGCCAUCCCCUGUUGCGGUGGUGUCAUCCCCUGUUCCGGUGGUGUCAUCCCCUGUUCCGGUGGUGUCAUCCCCUGUUCCGGUGGUGUCAUCCCCUGUUCCGGUGGUGUCAUCCGCUGUUCCUGUGGUGUCAUCCCCUGUUCCUGUGGUGUCAUCCCCUGUUCCGGUGGUGUCAUCCCCUGUUCCGGUGGUGUCAUCCCCUGUUCCGGUGGUGUCAUCCCCUGUUCCUGUGGUGUCAUCCCCUGUUCUGGUGGUGUCAUCCCCUGUUCCAGUGGUGUCAUCGCCUGAUCCAGUGGUUGGUGUCAUCGCCUGA